GCCCGGGGGAGUGAAUGAGCGCAGCCCGCCAGAGCCUCCUGCGAGCCCUGCGAGCCGGGUUUGCCCCUGGGAGCCUGGAGACGCGCCCAGCGUGAGGAAUGGCUCCCGGCUCUUUCCCGGGACGCUGCAAACGCGGGCGUGGGGCGCGGCGAGGUGCGGGCAGGGCCCGGCCGCAGCUCCUCGCAGCCUCCCUCGCCGACAGACAGCGCUGUAAAUUAAUGAUGAGCGCGUGUGGGGGAAGAGCAGCUCCGCAAACACCAGAGUGACUCACGGCCCCCCCGGGCCGGGGGCAGCGGGGGUCCCGCGGGGUGGCCUGGGUGGGCAGAGGUGACACUGCUCAGGUAACCCCGACCAGGCUGGUGCUGCCUCCUCAACUCAUUUCAACCCUCACCGAAAGCUCCCAGAUCCCAGCGCUGGGGCUGGGGGAUGCUUCCUGAGCUGGGGGUGCUGGGGGAGCCCUGGGUGAGUGCUGGGGGCUGCGGCGGUCCCCUCGCUGGGGGGCUGGUGAUGAACACCCCGUGGGGACGGGGCUGCUGGGCCAGGUGCUGUGGGAUGUGCCUUCAUUCCUCCUGCUGCAUCACCAGAAUUGCCCCUCCAUGGAGCUGGGGGUCCUGCCCCCAGCCCACCGCCCGAGGGAGGGGCGCUGGCCGUGCUCUCAUCGCUUUUCCUUGGCUUUGGCAGGCGAGUGUGGCAAGCUGAGGUCCUGCGAGAUGUGCACGGGCAGCAGCCACCCCCACAACGGCACCGACUGUGUCUGGGUGGGCUGCGGGACCCCCGAGGAACCAGAACCCGGGGGCUGCGUGCGGAGAGGCUCGGCCGUGCCGGAGAGCUGCGCCCUCUACAACAGCAGCGCCGUGUGCCGAGCACUCAAGUCCCACACGGAAGAGCCUCCACGAUCCCAUAGCAAGGAGCCAGUGACACACCCCACAAGGACCACCACCACCGGCGCCCCGCUGACGGGCAGCCCCGAGUUCCACCCGCCCGGCUUCGACACGGCGAGUUUCAUCGGGGGCAUCGUGCUGGUGCUCUGCGUCCAGGCCGUCGCCUUCUUCGUCAUCAAGUUCAUCAAGUCAAAGGACAGCACCUACCAAACGCUAGAGGACAACCAGUAGGUUCUGGGAGCAGUGGGGAGGGGGUGUCCCCCCGCACCCCCAGAGCUUCACCCUCCCCUGGCACCUCCCCGGGCACGGGGGGAUCGUGGACCCCCCCUCCUGGUUUGCAUGGCGCUGUUUGGGUGUUUCCCAGCUGGUUUUGCUGUUCCCUGGGAGUUGUUAGGGAUGGAAAGGAAGGGGGUUCCCUCCCAGGAGCCCCUCAGGAGUGCAGCCCCAAAGAGCCCCUUCUGCCACCUGGGUGAGGUGUCCCCAGCGUCCCCACGGUGGGGUGCAGCCCCCUCACCCUGAGCCUCCUUGACAGCACAGCCUGCAGGGCUCCCAGUUUGGCCCCAGUUUGGCCCCAGUUUGGCCCCAGCAGCCCCCUGCCCGCUCUCAGCACCCCCUGCCUUGAGGCUCGGGGAGCCUUGGGUGCUUUUCCCUCUAGCAGAGCACCCAACCACGCCCUGAGCCCGCCGUGCCCCCCGUGCCCGCCAGGGCAGCGGAGCCAGGGCCUUGCUGUGUGCUUUUGCUGUGCCUCUGUGUGCUCUGGGGGGGCCUGGGGGGUCCCCUCUCCCCCACCCUCUUUCUGUGUGCUGUUUUGGGGAGGGGCUGCGUGUCGUGUGCUGUGGGGUGACACUUGUAACUCGGGCUGCCCCCCAUUAAACUCUGCGAGGUGGUGUCCGUGUCUGUCCGGGGGCUGCUGUGGCUGGGGGUGCAGGG